ACACCUUAAUUUUCCUCUGUAUAUAAUGCCCUUAUCGCUGUUGCAUCGACAAGUCAUUAAUGGAGGACGUCAGGGUUCCGUUUGUGGCACCCAGGCAAGAGGGCAGUCAAUCAAAGCCUUCAACGAACUUGGCCUUCCACGCUGAUGAACUUGACAUUCAGCCCAUCAAUGGAGUCAAUGAUUUCUACCGGGAAUUCUGUUCCGAGUCCAAGAAGCUAUGGUACCUCUCUUUUCCGGCCAUUUUCACUUCCUUCUUGCAAUACUCCAUCGGCGCCGUCACUCAGGUCUUCGCCGGCCAUGUCGGAACUAGGGCACUUGCUGCCAUUUCCGUCGAAAACACUGUCAUCGCCGGAUUUUCUUACGGCACCAUGCUGGGAAUGGGAAGUGCGCUAGAAACACUGUGCGGGCAAGCAUACGGAGCAAAACAGCUAGAAAUGCUGGGGGUUUACAUGCAAAGAUCAUGGAUUAUCCUCAACACCACAGCCUUUCUGUUAAUGUUCAUUUACAUCUUCGCCGGCCCGGUGCUAAGGCUGAUCGGCCAGACGCCGGAGAUUUCGACAUGGGCCGGCAAGUUUGCCCUGUGGAUGAUCCCUCAGCUGUUCGCCUACGCAGUGAACUUCCCCAUCCAGAAGUUCCUGCAAGCGCAGAGCAAAAUCAUGGCCAUGGCUGUUAUCUCAGCGGUGGCUGUCGCCGGCCACACUUUUUUCAGCUGGCUCUUCAUGCUGAAGAUGGGGUGGGGGAUGGCCGGCGCCGCCGUGGUGCUCAACGCGUCCUGGUGGUUCAUAGUGGUGGCGCAGCUGGUUUAUAUAUUUUGUGGGAGUUGUGGUGAAGCUUGGACUGGGUUUUCAUGGAAGGCGUUUCAGAACCUCUGGGGAUUUGUUAAGCUGUCACUAGCAUCGGCUGUCAUGCUUUGCUUAGAGGUGUGGUAUUACGUGUCGCUUAUUCUGUUUGCGGGAUACCUCAAAGAUGCAGAAGUCGCUAUUGAUGCAAUUUCUAUAUGCAUGAAUAUCUUAGGGUGGACAGUCAUGGUGGCUCUUGGAUUCAAUGCAGCAAUAAGUGUAAGAGUAUCAAACGAGCUAGGAGCAGGGCAUCCAAGAAGUGCAAAAUUCUCAGUGGUGGUAGCCUCAAUUUCAUCCCUCCUAGUUGGCAUCGUCCUAGGAUUCGUUUUAAUCCUCGUAAGAAAACAAUACCCGCCGCUGUUUUCUGAUAGUCCGGCGGUCCAACAACUCGUGUCCCAGCUUACACCUCUGCUAUCUUGCAGCGUCGCCAUUAACAGCCUUCAACCCACCCUCUCUGGAGUCGCCAUUGGAGCUGGGUGGCAAGCUUACGUUGCAUAUGUCAACAUAGCAUGCUACUAUAUUGUUGGCAUUCCUAUUGGCCUCGUUUUGGGUUUCGUCUUCAACUUGAGCAUCGUGGGCAUUUGGUACGGAAUGAUGUUUGGGACUACAGUACAAACCUGUGUGUUGAUAUGGAUGAUACUAAGAACUGAUUGGAACAAGGAGGCUUCUGCAGCUGAAGGAAGAAUAAAACAAUGGGGAGGAGAGUCUGAUUCCAAAGGAUAUAAUGAUUAUGCUAUUGGCUAAGACCAAAAUUAGGGUGUGUUUGGUUUACAUGUUUAACUAUCAAGAAUGGAUAUCAAAGUUAUUGUUAUUGUUUGGUUGACAGGUUUUUUAUAACACUAAGGUUUGGAUUACCCCAAUAAUUGCAAAAUUCAUUCCCUAAUAAAAUAAGGGUUACUAUUAAUAAUCAUUCCCAUUCCAUCAUACUACCAAACAUGCUUACCAAGUAUUUGAUACUCAUUCUGAUUCCGAUUCUCAUGUGCGAACCAAACACACCCUUAAUAUUUGGAGUGAUAAUAUCAUUAUUAAUGGUUUCAAUAUUGUAAUGAGAUUUUCUGCAGAUUGUGUGUGAUUCUAACGACUCUGUAAGUGAUUUUUGAACUGAUUCUACAUUGAGGAGUUUUUCUAUUUGUUGAUCUGAA